CAAUUUUCUUCAUUUUGUUUUUUUUAUCACAUUUUUGAGAAUUACUUGGUUGCUGAUUUUCGGAUUAUCUCUAUAUACUAAAAGAUAACAAGUUUUCCUUUUAUAAAUAAAGGACACCAAAACUGCCAAAGCCAAAACUUGUUCAAUUACGAAGUGGAAGAAAGCAUGUGAAAAUUGCAUAGGUACCCAUAAAAAUUGUGUUAGUACCAAGUGUAACAGUGUGAAGAGUAAAAGAAGUGUAGAUAAACAUGUACGACAACUAUGGAAAUAACCAGGCGCAGGCACCUCCCCAGCCUACUCAGAAGGUGCUCCGUUUCGACAAAAACUAUAUCAAGACACUGCCUGGAAUACUCAAGAUAGUCGAAUUGCUAUGCAAUUUCAUCGGCUUCAUCUGCAUAAAGGUGUCAUGGAGCAUGUGGGUGUCAGCCAUCUUCUUCAACAUCCUGUACUGGGUGGGGAACAUCAUCACGUGCUUCCUGUUCGUCAUGUACAUGUUCCACUUUGUGGAGAAGUAUGACAAGUGGCCGUGGCUGAAGCUGGAGUUCUUCUUCUGCUGCGCCAUGGCCCUCGCUUAUAUCUGCUUCUCGAUUUUUGCUGCCACUAUCGGUGAAGGUGUUGGAUAUGCUGUUGGGUUUUUCGGCCUGUGCGCAAUCAUAGCAUACAGCAUUGACGGCUACUUGAAAUACAAAGGCUGGCGGCGGGGCCUGCCACCGCAGUGAGUGCCCUGACCUAUAAUGUUUUCUUGUUGACCAAAUGUGUUUUUUUUUAUGUAUGUAAGUUAAAGAAUUUUAUCACAUAAGGUAUAUUGCGUAAAGAUCUACUUUGGUUUUAAAAACCAAAAAAAUGUUGAUAAUGUAUUUAUCAAUUUAAUAAUCAAUCAUGAUUAUAGAAUACAUGAUAAUUUAUGAACGAGCAGGUUGAUAACUGAUAAGUGCCUUACAUAAUGUUUACUUGUGUUGGGGGGUGUGAGAUAAAUCGCGUCACAUAUUGAAAAGCACUUUUGAUACUUAUUCCAAAUAAUACAAAAAUGGGCGGUUAAAACUUUACCUAUUUAUCCAACCAAAUCAAGAACUGUGGGAUGUGUGUGUGUUUGUGUGUCGGCGCGAAUUAAAACGACGUGUCACGAGCGCAGCCGAGCGUACGGUCUCCACACAUUCGGAGAAUUUAUUUUAUGAUCUAGUUAUUAUUAUGGCGAUUUUAUUAAGUUAAGCUUGUUCAUCAUUUACUAUGUCCUUAAAUAUGUAACGCGAUUUACCAAACACCCUGUAGACAACGAUUGAUAAGUCUAUUUUAGAAACUUUAUAUAAAUGCAAUUAUGUAUAUUUUUGAAAGAAAAUUUUAACCAUUUGACUAAGAAUCCAUUAGCUCCAAUAAGGCCCCUAUAUGUGGCAAAAGUUUAAAAUUGUUUCUUAUAGAAAAUAGUUUUAAGCUUUUAUUCCAAAGUCAACGGCUUCAUAGGUUUAACAUCUAUAUGUACCCAAAUUAUAUGAGUAGUUUAAGUUUUAAUAUAAUGGGUGAGACUUUUACCCAUAUUGGGGUGGCAAAACACAGACACAGAUACAGAGGCACCCUAAUUGAGGAGGUCAUAACACUGAAAUCGACUAAAAUUGGAGAUACUUUUUUGAUCAACGGGAGUCAUGUCGCUAUGUUUUAACUAAAGACUUCUCGAGAUAAAUCAUAGUAAUAUUUUUCUUAAACGCUCAAGACUAAUUUUACUUAAUAAGAAAAAUAUGUUAUUCAUGAGAUGGGUCCAUUUUCGCAUUUUAUUCAUAAUAACUAUUUUAUAGACAGAGUUAGUGCUUGGAUUUGGAUAAAGCAUUGAAAGGGUUAAAUUUGUGAUUAUUUCUUUAAAUGCCACCAUUACUGAGUGACCUUUUUUGAUAGAUAAGUCUCUUAUUAGUUACUUUUAAUUUAACUAACAGUUUGAUAACGUUUAUAGUGAAAAAUAUCGCUAGGUUAGAUCUUGUAAAAGGUUAGGUUCGCUGCAUAUAAUUUAAGUUUUGUAUAAUUUACGUUAACUAAGUACCUAACCCAAAGAAGAGACAUUGAUCCCCGUAACGAAAUAGGAUCCAAUUAAAUAUUUCCUUAGUGCCUAACUAUAUUCUUACAUUUCUACAUAUAACCUAUAUCAUAUUUUUUUCCAAAACAUUUUGUAUAAAAAAUCUGUAAUAAAUUUUUGUAAUUAACAAACGUUUAUCUUUUCCACUGUUAAAAUCGAAUAAUCAUCCUAUCAGUCCGCUAUUUAUUUAUUGUUCGUAUUGGAUCGGACUUAUAGAAAUAAGCUAAGAUAAAGCUAGAUAAUAAGUUUCUAUUUUUACUAUAAAAUAUUAUAUAAUAUGUUUGUGACCAUUUUAUAUACAGCCCAUUGUUCUAUACUUAUACAAAAU